ACACCCGUCAGAUGUUCACUAUUGAGACUUGCACAGACACACACACACACACACACGCGGUGGCGGAGCUGCUGUGUGACGAUACGAACGAAUGUAGUUGUGAACAGUAGUCAUAAAGAUAGAGGAACUGCAGUUGUCUAUGUAAUUCAGCAACAGCAGACCAAACUGUAUUUCUAGGCUGGUUUCUUACGUUAAAAGCAAGUGGAUUCAAAUAUCCUUCAUUUGUUUAUUUUGUGGUUUAUCCACGCGACAUCGGACGCCGUUGCCAGAGCGUUAAACGCCGCCAGUAUUGUGACUCUGCACGCGCCGCUUUGUGGCAUGUUUGAGGGCCAAAGCACACGGAACUGAAGUCCUCAUUCCUCCUGAACAGGAUUCAAUGAAAAUGUCGGUCUGUGUCCACGAGAACCGCAAGUCUCGUGCCAGCACGGGCUCUAUGAACAUCUACCUGUUCCACAAGUCCUCGUAUGCCGACAGCGUGCUAAUGCACCUGAAUGCUCUUCGGCAGCAGAGACUCUUCACCGAUGUUCUGCUUCACGCGGGAAGCCGCUCUUUCCCGUGCCACAGGGCUGUGCUGGCCGCAUGCAGCCGCUACUUUGAAGCCAUGUUCAGCGGAGGGCUGAGAGAGAGUCAGGACAGUGAAGUGGACUUCAGGGACUCCAUUCAUCCAGAGGUAUUGGAGCUCCUUCUGGACUAUGCCUAUUCGUCAAGGGUGAUAAUAAACGAGGAGAACGCAGAGUCUCUCCUUGAGGCCGGUGACAUGCUGGAGUUUCAGGACAUCCGUGAUGCUUGUGCCGAGUUCCUGGAGAAGAACCUUCACCCAUCCAACUGUCUGGGCAUGCUGCUUCUCUCAGAUGCUCACCAGUGCACCCAGCUGUUCCAGCUGUCCUGGAGCAUGUGCCUCAGUAACUUCCCUGCUAUCUGCAAGACUGAAGAGUUUCUCCAGCUGCCCAAGGACAUGCUGGUCCAACUGCUGGCACACGAAGAGCUCGAAACCGAGGACGAGCGUCUGGUCUACGAAUCGGCGCUUAACUGGGUAAACUAUGACCUUGAGAGGAGGCACUGUCACCUUCCGGAGCUGCUCCGUACUGUGCGUCUGGCUCUCCUGCCUGCCAUCUUCCUCAUGGAGAACGUCUCUACGGAGGAGCUCAUCAUUGCACAGGCUAAAAGCAAAGAGCUGGUGGACGAGGCCAUCCGCUGCAAACUGCGCAUCUUGCAAAACGACGGCGUCGUCAAUAGUCCUUGCGCCCGGCCCCGCAAGACCAGCCAUGCCCUUUUCUUGUUGGGUGGCCCCACGUUUAUGUGCGACAAGCUCUACCUGGUGGACCAGAAGGCCAAAGAGAUCAUUCCAAAGGCAGACAUCCCCAGUCCACGCAAAGAGUUCAGCGCCUGUGCCAUUGGCUGCAAAGUGUAUGUGACUGGGGGCCGGGGCUCAGAGAACGGUGUGUCUAAGGACGUCUGGGUGUAUGACACAUUACAAGAAGAAUGGUCCAAAGCGGCUCCGAUGCUGAUCGCACGUUACGGUCACGGUUCCGCUGAGUUACGCCACUGCCUGUACGUCGUUGGAGGUCACACAGCUGCCACUGGCUGUCUGCCUGCAUCACCAUCUGUGUCCUUGAAGCAGGUAGAGCAGUUUGACCCAGUUGCUAAUAAGUGGAGCAUGGUGGCACCACUGCGAGAAGGAGUUAGCAAUGCUGCUGUCGUCAGCGUUAAGCUGAAGUUAUUCGCCUUCGGUGGGACAAGUGUGGCCCAUGACAAGCUGCCUAAAGUUCAGUGCUACGAUCCCUCCGAAAAUCGCUGGGCGGUCCCGGCAUCCUGUCCACAGCCGUGGCGCUACACUGCAGCUGCUGUUCUCGGCAACCAGAUCUUUGUAAUGGGAGGCGACACCGAGUUCUCUGCUUGCUCUGCUUACAAAUUCAGCAGUGAGACUUAUCAGUGGACCAAAGUUGGAGAUGUUACGGCAAAACGAAUGAGCUGCCAAGCGGUGGCCUCUGGAAACAAACUUUAUGUGGUGGGUGGCUACUUUGGUACACAGCGCUGCAAAACCCUAGACUGUUACGACCCCACGCUGGAUGCAUGGAACAGCAUCACUACCGUACCAUAUUCCUUAAUCCCCACCGCCUUCGUCAGCACCUGGAAACACCUCCCAGCCUGAAGCACGCCUGCUCUCCCCGUGUGACCCCGUUGUUCCUACGAGAAUUCUGUGUGUCCAUUUGUCGAUAUUGUCUACUGGAUUCCAACUGUGAAGAAACGCUAUAAGCUUCCUGUGCAAUUUUAUGAAGAGAUUUCCUCCCAUAAGAGCUAACCUAAAUAUUGUGUACAAAGUCCAUUCGCAAAGCUUUUUUUUUUUUUUUUUUUUACUUCCUCCUUGGAAGUUUUAAGUACAUUUGUGAUGUCUCAUCGUUCAUUUUGUUGAGAAUCAGAACUUAGGCUUCACCGUGAAAACCAAAAGAACUGCAACGCACCCUGAAGUCCAGUCUGCUUUCAUCGUAACCAGCAUAAUCAUCAUAUUCGUCCCCCACGUUUGUGUAAUCGGACCGUUUUUGUACAAUGCUGAUGCCAUGCAAGCUAAAAUAGACCCGUAUGCCUGUCUUAAUUUGUAUAAUGCAUGAAGGAUGAGUGGAAGCUUUUGAUUGGGAGAACAACAAGAGUCUCAACGCAUGAUUGGAGAUGUUAAGAUCCUCCAGGAAAAGUACCUCAUGUCCUGAUAUGUAUCUACCUUUUCUCCCAUGUUGAUGUUAAAAAAUAGACCUUGCUCUGAAGAAAGGCUGAUGUGGACUCUUAAAGGACUGAUAAACAUCACAAGAAGAACAGAAGGAAAUGUGAGCAAGCGUUUUUUAAGUAUUUGUCCUUCACACGUCUGUACGAGGAGGACAGGCUGAUGCUGAACUGUUCCUGUUGAACAGACCUUAGCAGCUUGGUGUGAAAAUGGACACGGGCACAGUGUGUCCCGACGUACACGUGCCAGCUGUGCGUUUGUGACUAAGUGAGUGCGGGAGAGGCAUGUGCCAGCAUGUCCGUCUGACCCCACUCAACACCCAAUCAUACCCCCGCUCCCUCAGAAAUAAACCGCGUGAGCAUGCCCUCUGAGAAAGCCCCAACAAACACUGUCCCUCCAGCUUCUGAUGACUGACCGACUGCAGAUCAGGACAUUUCUCCCGCACAAGAUUUAAACUGUGCAAGACUCUUCUGUUUUGCUGUUUUUUUCCCUGUACUAUUCUAAGCACAUACAGUCACGUAAACGUGAACGACAGAAGGAGAGAGAAAAGAGGUGAGAGUCGUUUCGUCACCCUGCGAGGGAAUGCAGUCUCUAUGGCAACAACGAAACUGUAAAUGUAAAAAAAAGACACAGAAAAAAAAGUGCAAACAACUGGUUGUCUGGCUUCACACAUUAAUAGUCUUAAUUUAUGAUUUUUUUUUUUAAGCUGUCGGUUUUGUUUGAUCCAUUGUGUAUUAACAAUAUUUUUUUAUUUAUUGUUAAUUUUUCUGCUUGCAUAUAUAUUUGGAUGUGUAGAAGUUGACCGGUUAUUGUACUGCGCAUGGCCCAAAACGCUCUGUGUUCCUGCUGCUCUUUUGCACAUUUACAGAAGGUCAUUUUGACUGAGCAGGUGGAAUUUGUAGUGGUCAGCGGACUCUUGAGCCUCUUGUUCAUCUGAUCAAAAACAGGGAGGCUUGGAGGUCAAAGGUCAUUGACAGGAAUAAGAAUGGGCCGAAUGACGUCAGAGGUUCAGAUUACCCAGGGUGAGCAGGUCAUGUGGGAGUUGGGAGGUUGUUUUGAGAGUUUGGGGGAUGGUUUUCUUCAAAACGGAGGACCAGUUCCCCCAAAAAUGAUGAUUGUAAUCUUGUACUCACUCUCAAAAUUGUCAUUUUUGGGUGAACCAUGCCUUAAAAUUUUACCCAAAUGAAUCCAGUUCUUUAAGUAAUUGACCAUUAGUGUAAUUUAGCAAGUGCUUUCGACCUGUGACCCCAUGCCAAACUGGGGCCAGUAUUCACCCUCUGUAACUCUGCUCUGCAUUCAUCACUCUGUCCGUACUGAAACUCAGCCUGACACCGGGUAUCUUUGGGUUGUAAGGGUCCUGUAGAUCUAUCUAGCUGGAUGCACUCUUAAAAACAAAGAUUCCAAAAAGGAUUUUUCCCAGUGAUGCCAUAGACAAACCAUUUUGGGUUCUUCAAAGAACUUUUCAAUGGAUACAUUCUUCCAAGAAUCUUAUUUACACUAGAUAUGAAUGAUGUGUUACAACAAAAGCAGAGAGAGCCCAUUAUAAACCGCAAUGCUGUCUUCAGUUAUUGUGACAUGACAGACUAUAAGCGUAUGCACCUUUAUAUUUCUGACACACUCCAAAUCCUUGUGCUAUUUCUGACAUCAGUACAAAUUUUUUUUUUAUUAUUAAUUGUAGACGGCGAACUAUGUAGACGCAGUGUUAGUAUGAAGAACAUUUUAAUAAUCUAAAUAUUAAAGGACCUCAAUACAAAACCUUUUUAAGAGUGGAUGUUGGUUGCUACAGCCUGUGACGUAAAAAGUGAUGAUUUCAUUGGGCAAAUUUAAUGAUGAUGAACAAAAUGGUGUUUGUUAUGAUAAAGCUGAAUCCCAAAGGUCUUGGAAUAACUAUCAGUGAUGUCUACAUAAGGGCAAAGACCAUAGUGCUUUCAUGUCGAUGCCAAAUGUGCUUCUUGUAAAGAUGAUCUGUCUGUUUUAAUAUUCACUGCAGAGCGACAACAGUGUUCGGGUAGGUUGUAUAACACCGCUAGCCGUUUGCUACACUAUAGCUGUCGUGACAACACUGCUCUACAUGCUACAAAGAAAUUAUAUAGCUUUAAAUAAUAGAAUAUAGUAUUCCAUGCUGUUCAAUUGCACAGCAACGGCAAAGUUGAAGGAAAGCCCUAAGAAAGGAAAACCGGUAGCAAGCAUUCCUCCCACAAACCCUCUCAUCCCCUCCAGGAAAUUCUUGCUUACAAUGUUUCGGUUAGCCUUUAGGGUCUUACACCCCCUCCAUAUUUUACCCCCUCCUUCCCCAUUCCAGAAUACCUUUUCACAGAACGCUGCACACUCUGACCUCCAGCCAAUCAAAAACCCUGCUCUGUCCCCCCUCGCAUAACACAGUUGCCACAGCAAUGGUCAACAAUCAUUGCCCCCUCUCCAUUUGAACUAGUAAUAGUCAAGUGUUUUGUUUUUCCCUCCUCUCUCCCUCUUGCUCCUUUGCCCUCCCUUCUUCCCGCUCUCCUCCUGCUGAAGUGAAAGACUGAUUCAGAGGUGACUCAUACGCCUGUGUGCAUUUAGAACUCUUAAAAGCUGUAUGCCUUCACGAACAGACGCAUUGCUAAAGCACUGUCAAUGUUGGCCUGUACUGUUGUUUCUGUGGGCGUCAUUUUUCUUUUCAUUUCUGUAUUUGUCGUAUUAGAUAAUUGUAUUGUUAUUUUAUCUCAACCACUGCGGUUAACAUUAUUUUGUACAAGUGAUUUUUUCACAAUGUGAAAUUCAUGGCUAAAUAAAGACAAGAGUUUUUCCUCUUGAGAGAUACCGUA